CAUACCGGACCUAUCUUUUAUCUCGCCGACAAAUCAUUCCGGACCCUCUUCCUUAAAUUUACCGACUCAGGAUUUUUUUUUCUAACCCUUCGGCUAAAACUAGGUUAUCCAAGAUAUUUUUCUCAACUAGCUACUCGAUUGUGAUGGACCACUCUUUGUAUGGCGCUCACAGUCGGAUUCAACUUUUUCUAGCGGAUUUACACUGUGUUUUGGGGAGUCUACCGCCUCCGACUGCCCAUGGACCCAUGCAAGCGAUUUUCAACUCAAUUGGUUCUCAGCAUAAUCUCAAUCGGCUGAAUGUUUCCAAUCAACGGAUCUCUUGGAAGCGCCCGACCCAUCGCUCAAGAAGUUGGAGGAAGAAUCGCACAGGAACCGAUUGCCAACGAUCGCCGCAAGUUCAUCAUCCUCUACCCAUCCCGCCAGUCAAGCAAAACACUGGCAACACUCCGAAAGAAUACGAGAUCCGGUUUCCCCAACACCAACAACUAGCCCACAUCCACAACCAUCACAAGCGUUCCAGGCCCCAAAAGAGCUCCCCGGUCCUCAGUCAUAUACAAUCAAACGAUCAACAUUUUGAUUUCCAAUAUUCUUACAAUCGAGAGCCUCAAUCGACUGAGGAAUACCAUGCCUGUGGAAACUCGUCUUUGGAGCCACCUAUCAACGAUUUUGAAAACUGCUUAGAUCAGGCACAAGAUGAGGAUCUCGACUCUGUUUCAGUCAAGUCGCGAGGUGAAUCAGUUGAUCUAGAUGAGGUUGAAUGGUAUGACCGGUCUGUUCUAGACAUCAAUGCGGAUCCAGAUCACUUAGAACAACAACCCGAGCCAGCUUUUGACUUAAAAAGCUACAGCGCUGACGAUGUAGACCGCUGGGCCAGUACCUUGUCAGCAGAAGAAUUCAAGCACCUUCGUGUUUUGGGAACCGACGCUAGAACUGAGUCUUUCCGGCAAUAUGCUAUCACCAACCUUGAUCAACCAACUCAGACCCUAACUCCUCAGUUAAAUCAAGAACCGCUUGAUCACAUCCCAGGUGAAGUGGCUGACAACCACGAUCAAGAUGCCAACAACCCUUGCGUUCAUUCACAUCAUGUCAAUCACCAACCCAACCAAUACACCUGCUCUAGUUACUAUGAACACUCCAACUACAGCACCUCCAAUCUUGAUCAAAAUCCAGAUAACACAGCAGGUUUUGACGGCAGAUUUGACGAUGGCGGAUUUGAAAAUGGUGAAUUUGAUGAUGGUGGAUUUUACAAUGGCGGUUUUGACGACGGAUUUGACGAUGGAGGCUUUGAUGACGGCGGAUUUGACAAUGGUGCCUUUGAUGACAGCGGUUUUGACGACAAUGGUUUUGAUGAUGGCGGCUUUGACGAUGGCUUUGACGAUGGCGGUUUUGACGAUGGUGGUUUUGACGAUGGCAGUUUUGACUAUGGUAAUUUUGAUGAUGGCUAUGGCUCCACUUAUUAA